AUGGGCUUCUUUGGUGGAUUCUUUAGCUAUGGCAACAGUUCAAAUGGUCCUUUGAAAUCUGGCUCUUCAAAAGGAAAUGGAAACAAUGGAAACAAUGGAAGCAAUUGGAGUAAUGGUGGUAACAGAGGUGGAAUUGGUUCAGUUGGAAGAAGCUGGGGAUACUAA